AUGAACGACGAGAUAGCAUCGGACAGCUGGAAGAGAAACUCCGGGUGCUCCAGUAUUGAGCAAAUGCUGGCAUUGAAUCCGGGGAAGACGCCCAUCAGUCUGCUGCAGGAGUAUGGAACGCGGAUAGGCAAGACCCCAGUGUACGACCUGCUGAAGGCCGAGGGACAGGCCCACCAGCCGAACUUCACAUUCAGAGUGUCCGUGGGGGAAAUCAGCUGCACUGGUCAAGGGCCCAGCAAGAAGGCCGCCAAGCAUAAAGCAGCCGAGGCUGCUCUUAAGAUGCUCAAGGGAGGUCUCUGUGGUCCCAUCGGAGUGAGCGCCGAAGCAGACGGAUUCAUCAGUGUUGAUGUGGCAGUGGAUGGAGACAGCUCUCCCUCUGAUAUGAAGACUUCUAAUUCUCAGCAGUCUGAGUGUAAUCCUGUAGGAGCACUGCAGGAGCUGGUUGUGCAGAAAGGAUGGCGUUUGCCAGAGUACACAGUCACCCAGGAGUCUGGACCCGCCCAUCGCAAGGAGUUCACAAUGACAUGCAGAGUAGAGAGAUUCAUGGAAAUAGGCAGCGGUACAUCAAAAAAACUGGCCAAGAGAAACGCUGCAGCAAAGAUGUUGUCAAGAAUUCAUGAUGUCCCUGUUGACUUGAGAAGCAGCAAUGAAGCAGAUGCAGAGGAGGACACGUUUACAUUGCACAUGGGGAGUAGAGCGGAGUCUGGUAAGAGUAAGAGCUUCAGCUGCACCUGGGACUCACUGCGGAACUCUGCUGGAGAGAAGAUCCUGCAGCUGCGCAGCCAUCCUCUGGGGAUUCCCUCCGACUCCAACUUCUGUUCCCUUCUCACAGAGCUGUCCACGGAGCAGCGCUUUGACGUUAGUUACCUCGAUCUAGAAGAGCGAAGUCUGAGUGGCCUCUGUCAGUGUCUGGUGGAGCUGUCUACUCAGCCAAUCACAGUCUGUCAUGGCUUUGCACCAAGUGUGGAUGAUGCUCGAGCUAAUGCUGCCUACAAUGCUCUUCAAUACCUCAAAAUUAUGGCUGGAGCUAAAUGA